UCUCGCUUCACACAUCUUCAUUAGUCCGGGUGACUUAACCGCCAAAAUGACACAAAUCUCAUCGACCCAUCAUCACAUCGUCUACCUUCAGGGCGAUUUUGUAGACAUCCUCGAUUUCGACCUUCCCGCCCCGCAUACCUACACCAAGACCGUGUACCCGCAGACCUCUCUAUCAGAGCUCCACGAGCGCCUCCACGAUGCGUCAGUGAUCGUCCUCUCCGCGUUGCGGAUCGACGCCAAUGCCCUUGCGCCCGAGGUCAGCCCCAAUCUCAAGCUGGUGAUGGUCGUGGCGGUGGGCACCGAUUGCAUCGACCUGGAGGCAUGUCGCAGACGGGGCAUUGUCGUCUCCUACAUCCCCGGCGCCAACACCGAGUCCGUCUCGGAACACGCCAUCGCACUGCACCUGGCUGCGCGCCGGAAGAUCCUGGGGAUGAACGCCCUGACGCGCGCCGGCGAGUGGCCGCGGCGGAAGACGUUGAUGUUCGAUUUCCUCGACAAGGCCGGCGCGCCCCCCUUGACUUGUCAGGAGGAGGUGGCUGGCAUUAUUGGCAAUGGUGCUGUUGGGAAGCGAAUUGCUCUUCUCGCUCGCGGCAUGGGGAUGAAAGUGGUCAUCUCCGACCGCAAGCAACUGGGUGCAGUGACAUCAUCAGCAAGUACCACCACCAGCAAGGAUGGUCUCGAACGAGUUCCAUUUGAGGCCGUCAUCAGACAGAGCACGGCCCUGUUCGUGGCGGUGCCUCUCCUGGACUCGACGCGGAAUCUUCUCUCGACGGCCGAAUUCGAGUCCAUGUCUCCCCAUGCGGUGCUAGUCAACGUGUCCCGCGGGGGCGUCAUCGAUGAGCGCGCGCUGGUCCAGGCAUUGAAGGAAGAUCGCAUCUCCGGCGCAGCGACCGAUGUCUUCUUCCAGGAGCCUGCCGGUCCGGACAACUCGCCUUUGCUGGCCGAGGGAACCGAGGGGCUGAACCUGAUUGUGACGCCGCAUCUGGCGUGGUUGGCUCAGAGGACCAUGGCGAAUUACUCGCAGCGGCUGAAGCUGUCGGUGGAAGAGUGGUGCAGAGGGAAUCCUUUGAAUGUUGUUACUUAGUACCUGUUGAUAAUGACGUGACUGCUGAACUAGAUUCCUC